UGUCACAUUGUCUUGUCAGUUUUGUCACUGAGUUUUGUGUUUUUUAAAUUAACUCGGAGCUUUCUGUUCUGUGGUGUUGUUUUUUCGAUUUGGUGGACAAUUUUCCCGGAUGAGAAUUUUGAGUUUAGAUCGUCAACGUUGAGAUCAAUUUUCUUUUCGAUACUGCCGCUGAUCUACCUACCUUCUCUUUAAUUGAAAUGAGUUCUUUAUUUCUGGUUGUAGGUAUGGUUGCGCCCGCUAAGUAACGGCGAAAUAUCGUAUCGUGUGGAUUUACUUAGGUCAGCUUUUCUGCUCCGCGUCACCUUUUGAUCAAACAAACCUUUUAUCGUGCCGGAGUGCGAUAUCUAUACUUACAAGAUGUCCGGGAGAGCAUAUACUAUGAAAGAGAUGAAGAGUAUAGUGGACUAUGUAAAUAAACGUAAGGCCUAUGGAGAAAUAAAAGGAAGAAAAUUUUGGACAGAUUUUGCUUGUUCAAAUUUGACAACAAGAACAUGGCAGAGUCUCAAGGAGACAUUUUUGAAGAGGAUUUUACCUGACAUCCACAACCCAUAUUAUGGUCUUACGAAAUCAGAAAUAUGUAGUUUUAAACAGGGGUAUGAUAUUGACUCAAGGAACACAAGUAAAUUGGAAUUCCAAACUAUCAGUGAUGAGUCCAAUCAUUCAAAUGCUGGGAUUCCAGAAAAUGAAAAGCCAAGCACAAGUACUUAUAAUGAUGCAGAAAAGUCCGCAGGUGAGAAUAUCUCUCCUUCAACACUUGAUGCGCGUACCAGGGCUUCUACGGAAACUAUUAUUCUUGACAACUGUUACGAAAAUGCUGAAGAUAUACAGAGAGAUUUGGAAUCUCCAAAAAGUAAUAAACCAAAGGAGUCAGGAUCUAAAGAUGAAAAAGAAACACCAAGCAAAUGUUUACGGGACUUAAUAACUUAUGCUGAACCAUUUACACCAAUGAUGCAACAAGUUUUAGAUGAUUUUGCAACAGAAGAUGAAUUGGUAGAAGCAGAUUUGGAAAUACUUGAAAGUACUAAUAAUAUAACUAAAAAAAAUCAAAAUAAAGGUAAUUCUGAAUUAGAUAAUGGGUCAGUUGUGACAAAUAAGAAAAAUGAAGUGUCAACUGAAAAACUUGAAGAAAAGGUGGCCGAAAUUGUUCAAUCUGACAGUGUUAAAAUACCAUUAGGACAAGAGUCCAAAAUAAGUGAUGAUACAAGUGUAAGGAAUAGCUCUGAUGCUGUUGAAAAUAGUAAUGAUAAUGGCAAAACUAUCAAAGAAAAACAGGUUUCUUACAGCCUUGACAAAAGAGAGAAGAACAAAAAUUUUAUUGAUCUUACACAUGAUACUGCACACACACAAAAUACCAACAAUUCUACAGAUUCAACCAUACCAGGUAAUCAAGAGGCGCUUAAAAAUAAAACUCAGCCUGAUCCACCCAAGGCUAAUGAUACAACAAAAGAUGUUUUCAGAAAGUUGACACUAUCAAGAAACAGGUCAAAUUCACUGGAUUUGAAGUCUAAUGAAAAGAAAGAAAUGUUAGUAUUAAAGAACAAAAAUGCAACUCAAUCAGAAACUGAGGAUAAAAGUGAGAAAACCAUUGCAGAGAAUAAACAAGAAAAAAAUGAAAUCAGUAAAUUGACUUCAAAUGAUUUUCAAAAGCUAUUAAUAAAUAAAGAGGAAGAGAGCCGACAAGAAAUCGCGUCACAAGUAAAUCCGUGUCUUAAUAGCGUGAGCCUUUACGAAGAACAAUUUAACAAUGUCAAAUACACUGAUUCUGAUUCAAGUGACGACUUCAAUAAUGACUCCGUUUUACAAGUCCGCAAAGAAACGGAAAUUACAAAUACAGAUAAAAAUGGGACUGAAAAAGUGACAGAAGAUAAAAAUGAGGUUGAGAAAAAAGCAGAUUAUAUUAACGAAACUGAAAAGGCACCACCAGCAGUUUUAAAAAAUUCGGCAGAUAUUAAUGAAAUAGUUAUUUUAAAAUCACAUUCCGAGACUGAAGAAAGUAAUGAAGACGAAAAUAAGGAUAACCAUGGCAAAGUAAAACCUGUUGAUAAAAAAGAGAUAAAUAAAGCAUUAGCAAGUGUGUUUGGAUUUUCCAGUGGUGUGGUCAGUUCGAGUCGCAAGAGGAAGCUCAGUCGCCAUCACCGCUCACCAUCGUAUAAGCACAACGCGAGCAACUCAAGCGAAUGGACUUCAGAAAGCGACAGUGAUUUCGUGUCGCCGCCGCGAGGACGCCGGAACAGAUAUGCCAGAAAAUAUUUGAAACCGAAGUCAGCUCGUUUGAUGCAACUUGAAGAGGAUGGUGGCCUGUUCGUGAUGCAUGGCAAGAGGAUUUACCCGCUGGUGAAGGAUGGCAAUUUAGUCAAGAAUUACCUCACUUAUUCUGUCGAGGGUGAGACGGAAGAUGACCCUGCAUAUUGGAAGAAAAAAUAUAAAGAUGAAAAGAAAAAGACAGAAGAACUUAAAAAAAUGAUAGAAGAAGUUCAGGUUAGGCUACCCUUACCAGACCAGUCUCCGGCUGUGGCUACCACGUCAAGGCAGUCAUCACUGCCACAGUCACCGCCUAAAUUGAUCCCGAUCACUGAAAAACCUAAAGUAUCAGAAACAGAAGAAAAACCAAAACAAGAGAAAUCACACGACAAACCGUUGAAAAUUAAAUUCAUUAAAAACAAUGAGGAAGUGCAACUGGAAGGUUCGUGGUCGCAAAUCCACCCGGUAUUGGCGGACGUGGUGCAAAUAUUCAACAAGGAGGCUGAACCCAUCAAGGAGGCGGAACUUGCUAUCAAAACCAAUGGCAGAGCGGACUCUGGUGACUCUUUAUCAGUCAGAUCCUCACCAUUGGAUGAAGAAGCAGUGCGCAAGAAAGUGGAGAAGAUGGAAGAGGAGAUAUUUAAAGAAAUAGAAGAGUUAGACAAGUCUGAGCGGGAACAAGAAGAAGCCAACGCUAAGGUAACAGCCGUCGAGGUUAACGACCAAGAGGAUAAUAUCAAUAAGAGGAGAAGAAUAGGGGGAGCCAGGAAAUCUUCGACGGCCAUGAAAUCAGCUGACAGUUCUUCGAGUCCCAGUAGACCAAAAAGAACUAAGGCAGCGAAAGACACGGAAAUAGACCAUCUAGUUGUUCCUAAAGAGGCACUACCCAAAAGGCGGACAAGAUCUCCAAAGAAAAUUACAAAAGAAGAUACAACAGCGGCCGUUGAAAAAACGAAAGCGGACAAUAAACCUGCAAGAACUUCGAGAAAGUCCAAGAACACGGAGCCCGAAUCCACUCGGCUUUCCUUAGACGACGAUUCUGUGCGCUAUAUGUUCCCGCCCGCGAAGAAAACUAGAAAAUCUGCCGGGAAAAUUACCACAACCAGAAGACAAAACUAUUUUCAUAUUUGCUUUUCUUGUCCGCACAGCUUGAAUCCCACCAAUCCCACUUGCGAGAACCUGAUGCUAAAUUCUAUAGAGAGUAGCCAAGGAUAUCAAGAUUCAGAUCCCAGCCCAACUAGAGAAAGAAUCAUGCUAAAAAGGAAAAGAAAACUAAGUCUUUCGAAUAUAUUAUAUAGAGGAAAGCAGAGACGUUUCGUACGCAGGAAAUCUUAUCCGUGCGUUUCAGAUGAUGCCUCGAGUGAAUCUAGCAAUUUGUCAUUCAAAAAACCACUUAAAAAUACCAGUGCUUCUCUGCAAAGUGACGUUUAUCGAUCAGAAUCAUACCAGCUACUAAUGCCAGUAAAGAAGCAGUAUUGUAAUGCUCUCGAAAAAAUAGACGAACUUCAUCCAACUCAUAAUUUUGAUAAAGAUGCUUUAAAACUACAGGUGGAUGGUUUUGAUCUGAAUGAUGCUUCUGGUUCAUCAGGCCCUGUACGCUCAGACGGAAAUUCCAGCAAUGUAUCUUUACCACAGUCUCCUGAAUUGUCGAUAGUGGAAAACAUAUCCGUUUGCAAAGAAUUAUUAGAAAGCAUUGAAGACUUCCCUACUAUUAAUGAAAUACAAGCAAAUAACCAACCAAACUCUGUAAUUCAUAAUAAAUUCUUGAUGUCUGCUGUUGAUGUGACCAUGCCGCUAAUGGGACAAAAUUGUGACAUCCAACAAAGUAAUACACCAGAUUAUCUCGAUUACCAAAAUGACCCACCCACGAAUGGAUCGUUAUCGAAUCAAAUAAAUUCAGUCAACAUUACUGAAGGUCCAACUAUUUCAGAUUCAUUGGAUAGUAGACUCAGAAAUUUGUUACUAGAGAGCGCCAAAAAAAUGGAAGUUGAUACUGUAGUUACGAUAACUGAGGACCAUAAUAGUGUGGCUAAAAAUAGCGCUGGAAAUGUGAAGAAGCCUAAAGCCAAAAAACGUUGUUCCACUCCUCAUAAAAGGAACAGUAAGAAAAAGUUGAAAAUUCCUGAUAUUGAGACAGUUGUGGAGGAAGAACGUAUGGAAUUUUGUUCAUAUGGGGGUAGGAAAUCCUGUCCCCCUACACUUCAAGUUUUACCUGAUGAUAUCCAUAAUGGUAACGAGACUAGUGAAAAAAAUAAAGAAGAAACCGUCAAAAGGGGCAGAAAGAAAAAAGAUGUAAUUAAAGUUAAAAUUUUAAAACCAAUUAAUAAACAGCAAAAAGUUAGCCCGGCCAAAGAAUUUAGUAAAACUUAUGAUGUAUCCACAAUAUCUGUCCAUACAGAUAGUGGUAUAAAUGAAACUGGCUCAAUAUUAUUUCUGCAAGAUACGGAUGAUAGCGUGGAUCUCAUACAUAACCAUUCAGAGACUUGUUUACAAACUAAAGAAUGUGUUGGCGAUAGCAUAGAGUUUAUUGAACAGGAUACGUCCGUAAUAUCGGUCAAUUCACAGGAUAUAAUGGAAUUUAGAGAUGCAGAGAACAUUCCUCCAGAAGGUUUUUCUAACAAUGCCCACGACGGUACCGACAUAACACGUGCAAAGAUCAUCAGCUCCCAGUCUACAGGCGAAACAGUGUACCACAGUCCGCUUGCUAGCGAUCUGUCUCUGGCCAGUCUCAUCACUGAAGAUCUAUCAGAUGAGGAGGCUAACGAAAAUGCAAAACCACGAGGCGCCCGCAAAUGGUACCUAUUCAGUGAUGACGAGACCACAAACACUAAUGGUUUUGGCGCGAAUCUCAUGCAAAUUUUCCCUUUGACCUGCGCCGUGCCAGAUCUAUCGACGAUAACGGAAAUGUCAAAAGAAAAUGACAGCAGAAAACCAACAUUGGAUACAGACGGCGACACUCGAAAUGAUUGUUUUGAUUCCGAUAAUGUAUUUUGAUGAUGUUCAUGAUUCAAGAGUCUGUUUUAAGGCAACCGUAAAUACCCACACUUUAUUGCUACACAUGGGCGAUUUCAAAUACUGUUAGAUUUAUUUAUAUUUAGUUUUAAAUACUGUUAUAAAUAAAUAAUUAAGUCAUAUUUUUGUUGGUUUGUAUGUUUAUUUAACGUUAAUUUAAUAAGCAAGGAUUUAAUGUAACUGUAAUUUUAAAUAUCUUUUGUUUUUUUUUUAUUACUAAU